AUGUUUAUUAAACCAGAAAUUGACUUUUUUCAAGAAGACUGGCCUGUAACAAUCAAGCAAGAAGAAGUAAAUGCUUACAUUAAAGAAGAAGUACCUGAUCCAGUUGACCCCUCGGCAUUCACAGAAAAAAGGGAGCGACUCAGGUGCGGAUAUUGCAAAAAAAGCUUCUUAACAAAGUCGAGACUAAGGAAGCACAUCCUGGAGCACAUCGACAAUAAAGAGUACAAAUGCGAGUACUGCUCGGCGGUUGUCUCCCAAAAACUGCUGAUGGCCGCCCAGCGGGACAAGAAGUACCUGUGCAAGGUGUGCGGCAAAGAAAAUUUAAUAAAAAACCUCAUCAGGGGCUACGCGGAGAACUUUAAAGAGCCCCUAGAGUGUCACACCUGCGGUAAGACGUACAGGCAGGUGGCGAGGCUGGAUAAUCACCUGAACAAGCACGUCAACGAGAUGAGGCAUCAGUGCGAAAUCUGCGGGAAAACCUUCUUGAACCUGACGAGCUUGAGGAGACACGCUGCGAGUGAACACCGCGGGGCGGAAACGGUCGAGUGCGACUGGUGCCGCAAGAAAUCACUACCUACCAUCAAAGAAGAGCUUGUAGUCAUAAAAGAGCCGAUCAAAAAUAAAGCAGACGAACCACGGCAGCAAGACGGAGACAGUUUCGCCUCGUUUUUCCUCGAAAACAUCUUCAAGAACCGCUACUCCGAAAGCUCCAGCGUUCCGAACCUUAUAGAAAAAAAACCGAAAUGCGAGGUGUGUCACAAGAUUUUUCACAGCAAAUAUCUGCUGUUCAUGCAUCAGAAUAUACACACCAAGGAGCUACAGUUUCCCUGCGGACUAUGCGGAAAAGUCUUCUUCACCAGGUCCGACUAUCGCACCCACAAAAUGAUCCACAAAAGGUGCCUCAUGGAGUGUUGGGCCUGUGGGAAGGACAUCAAGAGGCUGGACAUGGAGUCGCAUAUGAAGACGCAACAUAUGCAGAAGCAAAAUGGUGCAAAAAGGGACAAAGCGAGAGGUGAUGACGCUCGUCAGCCAGUUGAGUCUUUAAAAGAAGAACCUAUAGAUGAGAAUGAGCAAGAAAUGCCAAUAGACUUCAAUUUUGUUAAGGUUGAGGAGCUUGAUUACGAUGACGACCAAUAA